GUUCAGUUAUGUCUUCGGAUUUUCGAGACGAUCACGAAGAAGGGAUCGAUCAAGUAGACACAAACUUCUUCGGCUUAGAAACUGAGCAUAUCUCUUCAGACGCUCAACAUUCACCUGAAACUGAAGCUCUACUCAGAUCUGGCCCUUUCCUACAGCAACACCUUGGGCUCAAUGGGAUUGGCCUUGAUGGCUUGGAAGACAGCAUACCAACUGCAAGCGUAGACUAUGGAGAGGGCGAUGACUUACCAUUGGUAUCACAGCUAGGUGGUAUCUUAGAAACUUCAGUAUCAUUUGAUACAGCCGAAGACAGCCAAGCACGGACAUCCAAAAUACCACCUCUGAAAAAGAAUUUUCGAACGAGGAAUACUUCGUCUGAAAACAACUUAAUAACACGUAUCAAGAAGCGAAAGAUAGGGAACUUUAAAAACAAACAACGCGCAUCAUCAAAUUGCGAAGAGACUCAGCCUGGAGAUAGCCAGCUUCCGGCGUCAGGAAUGUCAAAACUAUUGGAAGAUGAUUUGAGAGCACAUCACAUGUCAUUGAAGGCGUUAAAGGAUCAACUAGAGGCCAAGCUUAAACGGCUGAAGGCCGACGAAUCUUUACUAUUGUAUAUGGCGCGGCUUUCCGAAAACGAUUUGGAAGGUGUUCAGCCGCUGUUUGAAUCCGACGACAUCCCAGCUAAUUUCCGUACUCAAAACGAUGAUAUUAAUGAAGAGGAAUGGAGCGACCUUUACAAGAAAUUGAGCUCCAACAGCGAGCAUGAAAUGGGGGAGAGCUCAGUACAGAGGAGAUACGUUACAGACACUCUAGAAAAUACAACGGUCAUGCCUCAGCUGUCUGAGGAAGAAGAUGACAAUGACUUGGAGGACGACCUAGAGGACGACCCUGAAGAUGCUGACGAGGCUGAAGACGAAGAAACCGCAUUAAAAGCUCUAAAUCAAAUGAUUACAGAAUUUGGUGGCGAUUCCGAGUUCUAGGCACUGUAUUAUAUAAUUAAUUCAUAUAAUGUACAUAAAACAAUCGAGAAACAAUGUCUCCAUACAAAAGA